CAGUGAUGAUGACGGUUGCGAUGCGAUGGAUGUGGAUGUGGAUCGUCAAAGGAUAUAUAACCACCUCGCCUGUCAUCCCAUUUCCAGAACAGCACCCCUCUCAUUCAGAACAUCUUCCGGCAUUCAGCAUCUAGCAGAAGACCUAGCAACGUCUUCCCGCAUAACCGCAUAACCGAUCAGCACUCCUUCUCUUCUCACACACCACCCACUCGGAACAAUGGCUAAGAUCGCCAAGAUUCUCGCUUCCGCACUGGCGUUGGCCGGAUCUUCUGCCGCAACAUGGCCUCCCAAUGCCAAGGACUGCUCCACCACCGCUGCAGCUGCCGCCGCCGCUGCAACUCCCGACGGCUUUCCUUCACCGAAUGCAGAGCAGCUCAAGUCCAUUUCUAAACAGGCCGAUGGCUCACUCUCAAACGCACCUCCGCCAGCCACACUUGCCGCCAGCACGCUGCAGUCUCUACAGGCCAUUGCUGUCAACGAGGAGUUCGAGGUUGCCUACUUCCGAAAUCUCCUUGCCAACGUCACACUCGGCGUGCCGGGCUAUGAAUCUUGGAAAAACUAUGACAAGAAUGAGCUGGAAAAGAUCCUGAAGGUUGUCAUUGCUCAAGAGGAGCUUCAUGCAAUCAACGCGCUCAACGCCCUGAACAAGUUCAAAAAGCUUGCCCCCCUGCCUUGCAAAUACCAAUUCCCCGUCACCAACAUCCAUGACGCCGUUGCUGUUGCCGCAGUUUUCACUUCUUUCGUCAUGGGAACUCUCCAAGACGUCAGCCAGGGCGCCGCCACAGCUGGAGACGCUGGUAUUGUUCGAGGUGUAGCAUCGAUCAUUGGCCAGGAGGGUGAGCAGAACGGAUUCUAUCGAACUUUCCUCGGUGCCGUGCCCUCUGAAAAGCCAUUCUUGACCACCAACGUCGGCCCUUUUGCUUACUCAUUUGUCAACAACAACUUUAUUGUCCCAGGCUCUUGCCCAUACGACGUCAACGCUUUCGGCAUCCCCAUCUUCACCCAGCUCAAGGUCGAGGGUCAAAGCGUUGCCCUAGCCGCCAAACCAGAGGACCAAAUCUUCCAUUUCAGCGCCGAUCUUAGCACUGUCCAGGCCGCCUCCAAGUACAGCAACGGCGACAGCGCUGGCCUCUUCAUCACCUACUUCAGCGGCCAGCUGCUCCCCAUCAGUGUGCCCGUCCAGAACUUCAAGUGGAACGGCGGCAAGGUCACUUUCCAGGCUGCCUUCCCCUUCGAGGAAAACAUCAUGUUCGGCCUGUCUGUUGCUGCCUUGACUGUCGGAAACAACUUUGCCAACCCCGAUGCUGUUCCUGCUGCGACGCUCGCUGCCCCAGCUCUCAUCAACGUGAACGAUGAGUUUUAAGGGAGAAGCGGUCAGCUUAAAUAAAAAGGAGUUUAGUUUAAUAAUGUGUAAUUGAAUUCGGUUUAUAGGGAAACUGGGAGUGGGGACACGGAAUGGAAGAAUAACUAGAAGGAAAUAUACCAGUUGGGAGAGAGCCAUGCGCUCCAUGGCAGGUGUUUUUUUGGUCUCAUAUUUGUUUUCUCCAUCACAUUUAUUCAUAAGAUAUUCAACCAAUA